UAUGAGCACGUGCCUAGUGCGUGAUGCGUGGAGUACGCCAUGGCGGAGCUUGUUGUGAUCCUACAACGUCAAACACGCAGCGACAGUGGAUUACCUGCUGUGUGGACUUGUGAAUGGCCAUAGAUAGUAUCCAAGGAUCCUGUACCACGUCCAAAAUGUUGCAAAUUCAAAGCAUGCAGAAAAACUUGCUGCAGAGUAGCUUUUACGAAGUUUCGCGGCCCGAUAAGGAAUCUGCUACGAUCCAUAGUGGCCAUUUUAUGGUGAGUAGGGUGCACGAAGAUAAAGACGAAGAUGACGACGAUGACGAGACGCCCAUCUUUACUGACGAUACCAAAGAGUUCGAGCCACUGAUGGGAUUUGAUUUCAUGAAAGCCACCAAGGAAACCUCACAGACAUACAGUUUUGGGCCAAAAAGUACGUGUACUCUAUCCAUCGAUGCCUCCUUGACCAAACUCUUCGAAUGUAUGACUCUUGCAUACAGUGGCAAGAUAACAUCUCCAAAAUGGAAACCUUUCCGUGGAAUGCACUUGACAGUAAAGGACCGUGUGCGGCUAAAUAACAUCAUCUGGCGAGAGUGGCACAUGCAGUACAUUUAUCAGAGAAGACCUAUUGUCUGCCAGUUUGCAACACCAUUGUCUGAUGAUAUUCACACUAAGCCUGAGGCAGUUGUUUUGGAGGGCAAGUACUGGAAACGCAGACUAGACACAGUUACAAAGGAGUACAAGAAAUGGCGUCGGUAUUUUCGAGACCGGAUUUUGCGGAAACUGCCUGAAUCACCAUCACGCCUCUUUCCUUUGAGUGAGCACCUGACCGAUGAUGAGCUGUUGGAAAGAGUCAAGGAUGUUAGUGGCUUUCCACGCAACGUGCAGCUGUCAUCAACUGACCUCAGCCUCCUGAACACUGACCUGAUGGACAUGGACUUUACAGAUAACUUCUUCUCAAACCUCAACCAACCUUUUCCUUUUCCCAACCCUCGUGAAUUGGGUGGUUUCACUUGUGCUGAUCUCAUCCAACCUGGGCUUGUUCAGCUACAGCCCAAUCUUGAGGACUUCAUGGAUAUUGACACUAUGCAUGAACUGCUGACUUCAUCAAGAACAACAUCCAGUUCAUCAUUUGUGCCUACCUCCACCAGUAUCUUGUCUGAUGUGAGCACUACCAUGGAUUAUAACCAGUCUCGUAUGCAGCAGAACCAGCUUUCCACUUCUGUGUUGGGGUCUGUUGACGCAAUGUUCAGUGGUGGAGGAAAUAGUAAUGUUGGUAUUAACAUGCUGACGGCACUGGCAGCCUUGACCUCCAACAACAGUGGCAACAACACACUCUCAUCCUCUGGUGGGCUUGCAUCAACAGUCAGUCCUCCUUUUUCAGCAGAUGCUACCAUGUUCCUGGAUGAACUGUCAAGCAAGCAGACUUACUCUAAUUCUCCACAGCCAUCUAUUUUUGACUUGCCUAAAUGCAUGGAGCAAACACCUCUAGUGAUAGCACUGAAUUCAGGCAACAAGGCAGCAGCCACUAUUACUCAACCUGUUGUGCAGACAGUCAAUCUGUGUGAUCUGGGACUGACCCAGUCCACCGUUCCUCAAGUGGUUCCUCUUUCCCCUGCUGCACCUCCCGUGAGAGUGCAGGUGUCUCAAGGCUUGCAGAAGUCACCGGUGUCACUGGCUAAAGCAGCAAAGCCACAGAUGGUUCCUAAAAGUGCUAAAAGUACCUUGAACAUGUCCUCAUCUCCAGGACAAGCAUUUGGGACCAGCAGUCACUCCAGUAACAACUCUGGAUUGACACAGAAGAAAGAUGGCUUUGUGGUCCCACAGGGCAAGCCAGUGCAGUUGCCACGGAAACCACGCACCAUUGCUCCAGCCCCACCAUCAACUCCUACGUCCUCCCCAACUGGCACUCCCCCCACACAGAGCACUUACCUUGCACAGCUGCUUACAAAAGGAACCUAUCCUGGUGCAAUCAUCAGUGUUAAAAAAGAGCCGGCAUCUAGUGCAGCUCUGUCAGCAUCCUUAGCAUCAUCCAACUUCACGCCUAUUUUGCCUGCAGUGCCUAACACAGUUCAACAGGUGCCGCUGGCAUCAGUUCCCACUGUCUCUACAGUGUCUGUCAACUCCACUAAUCAAGCCAUGAAGCUGCCAGUUACAAUAGCUGCUGAGUUUACAAAGGCCAGACCUGAUUUUGCAACAAGUGUUCUCCUGGCAGCAGCUAGCACAGCCUUAGGGGCCAGCACAUCCACUCUGAAGGAUGUCUUACGAUUUUCACCAAACACAUCAACCGUCACUUCAGGGCCAGAGCUUGCUCCCUCACCUGUCACAAGCAUAUGUCCUAAGAGUCCACCUCCUGCUGGUGUAGGCUUGUCAAGUAUGUCACCACCCACAUCUCCUUGCGCCCUUGCCAGCACUUCUUUUGAUUCCAUUUCUCCGGUUUCCUCACCUCUGGAUAUGGGUUCUCCAUCAGCCAUGUCACCCCACAUGAAGGAAGAAAAGGGAGGGGCUCAGAAUGAGCAGCGGAGGGUGGCCCAUUUGUCAGCAGAGCAGAAGAGGCGUGGUAACCUCAAGGUAAAAAGUGGCUUUGACCUGCUGCAUACUCUCGUGCCAUCCCUUGCCCAGAAUCCAAAAGUUAGCAAAGCUACCAUGUUGCAAAAAACUGCUGAACAUUGCCGUAAGCUGAAGUCUGAACGUGCCCAGAUCCAGCAUGAGGCUGGAAUCUUGAAACAAGAGAUUGAAGCUCUCAACACUGCUAUCAGCCUUGUACAGUCACAACUUCCUGAAACUGGAGUGCCUGUCACGCGUCAGCGAGUAGAUCAGAUGAAGGAGAUGUUUGAGGAGUAUGUCAGGAACCGAACAUUGCAGAACUGGAAAUUCUGGAUUUUUUCAAUCAUCAUCCGCUCACUGUUCGAUUCAUACAACAACAUGGUAUCAACAGCCAGCAUGGAGGAGCUUUGCCGCACAACGCUUGCUUGGCUUGACCAACAUUGCUCCCUUGUGUCUCUUAGACCCACCGUUCUGAAUGCUUUGCGGCACUUGAGUACCACCACAACCAUCUUGUAUGAGCCACACCGUGUUCGAGAGCAGGCCACACAGGCCGUCAUCAAAGGCAGUGAAGGAAAGGAAGGCAAGGGUGGAAGCAGUGGUGACCGUUCUUGAUGCUUCAGUCAGCUGGAAGCAGUGGUGACUGUUCCUGAUGUGCUUCAGUUAGCUGUUGCCCAUGUUGCCUACAAUUGAAAGUGCUGACACAGACGUUACCAAGAAUGCCUUGGAAAAGAUUUUCUGCUUUUGUUGUAAAGCAAGGACUCCUACACAGGAUUGAAAACAGAAACCAAGCUAGGAAACAGGUUCUGAGAUUUUUUAGAUUUGGUUGUGCUCACAGACUGAACCGCAGGGCAGUGCAAGAUGUGUGGUGCUGAAAAUAAUGUCUUUUUGAUGUUUUGGAAAGGUCCAGUAGCUGUACCCAUCACACAUUGUCACUGUCAGCUGAAUGGUAGUUUGUUCGUGUGCAAAAUAGCUGAUGCUAUGAUGAAUUCCAGUUAGAUAAGGCAUAAAAAAACAUGAUGUGGGAUGAGUGGACACUGGACAGAAAAUGAUCUGUGGGUGUCGUGCUGUGUGUGAAUUGUGAAUACACUGGUCUUGUUUUUUGCCAUAGUAGAUGGCAAUUAACGAAAAUAUAAGUCUGAGAUGACAAAAGUGGGGUAAAGUGUCUUUUGAAGAGCGGGAGAGCAUUAUGUGAGCUGGAGAGGUUCAUUGGAUUUGCUGAUCUGCAGGAUGGAAUCCUCUUCAUAAGAGGGCAUUAUAAAUCCUAGCACAUUUUGUUCAGGUUUUAGCUUUUAACUUACCCUUGCCCAUUUUAUUUUAAAAAGCUCUGUAAUGCUUGAAAGUGUUUUCAGUGCAAAAUUAUGAUUAGGAGCCUGCUACAUUGUCAUCAGUCCUAUGGGUCUUGGCCGUGGGAUGGGCGGAGCCUUGUAGUACGGUCUUUACUACACUCUCGACUACUCUGCCAUCCGCGCCAACAUAAUCAUGUGCGCAAUGCACUUUCACAAAAUUCCUGAUUAACGCUAAUUACUGACUCCAGCCCCCAGUGCACACCCCAACAAACAACACAAUGCAAUUUUAGUGAAAGCAAAAAAAUACUUAUUAGGUCCCAAGAAACAAAAUGCCGAGAGCUUACAAAACAGUGUAGGAAUAAAAAGAAUAUACAAAUGAUCUAAUUCCCUAUCUUAACUAGGGUGUCCUGUUAAUACUCAUUAUUCUCCUUAAUACUAAUCCAGAUACCUAGUGAGUCAAUUAAUCUAUUAGCUACCACGCUCACAACACUACACAAUCACCCACUCCAUACAAUACGCAUACACACGCCACUUGGCUUGACCCAAAGUGUCCUUGCUGUGUGGGGUGUUAGUCUCUGAUGAACACACACAAUUGUCACUUGGGAUUUCGCACAACUGUGCUUGAAUGGAGAGCCCUCUGACGCGACGCAGAAGAAAUGAUGGCCGAUGACCUAGUUCAUCCGUUGUCCGGCACCGCGAUGAGAGUUGUAUGAAGUGGAGAAUUGCACCAGUGUGAACCCUGUUUCUGUUGCCAGCAGGCCUGAAGUUUCUCCAAGUAGACAUCAGCGCCGGCUCUUGUGACCAAGCAAUGUGUCCACUGCGCUGCCAAGAGUUGAUUGUGGGUUCACAGGAACAGAGGUCACUCUUCUUUUACAUUCAGGUUGAUGAGUAGGCUGUACAUCUUCUUGGCCUGUCCCUACCCCACAUCCCUUGUCUGACUGGUGAUAGCUGACACACGUAGUGGCGAAGACUUGAGUUGCGAAGUCCUCUUCUGAUGCUCACCCUCCAAGAGUCAAGAAGCAAAAGCGUCGAUUUGGGGUCCCAACACGAUACUAAAAAGCUGGCUUCAGCCACACAUGCACCCGAUUGGUCAGUCAUACCACAAACAUACCACUACGACCAAUCAUGCAUCACCGCUAGUGUGAGACAAAAGUCCCGAGCCUCUGGGUUUCCACCUUCUUACGAGUAACACGGUAUGUAAUUCUGGUGCCCAACUGUCUGGCUUUCCAUUCACGGCUGUACCCCACGUGUGGCAAUGUUGUCCUUCUCUAAGUCGUAAUUAAGGGCAUAUUUUGACCGCCGUGAUGUCAGUGGCGACAACUAGCGUCUUGCAUUACGUCGUGACCUUAUGUGUCCGUUGUGACAUGAAUGGUCUUUUAAUUAGCAGACAUACCCCUGAACGUGUUUUUUUAAACUGGGGUAUGUCCCCUGCAGCAAUGACUGCUCCUACGUAAGUGGCCUCGACCCCCUCCUUCAUGUUUUUAUUACUACUCUUUCAUGACAUACAUCGAUUAGUCAAUACUUAAAAUACUUCGGUCCUGCCAGAAGUACUGUGCACUGGCUAAAAUGAGAUGUCAUGAUCACUGCAAAAUAGUGUGCAUUGUCCGAUAGUAAAUAGAUGAUGCAUGAGAGGACAGUUUGGUUUCCUUGGAUAUAUUUUAGUUAAAAAUAGCUCGUACUCUGUAAUCGAUACCCUGUGUUGGCCAAAAGCUGCCAUUCUGGGGGCUGGACGUGUUUUUUAACAUCAGGAAGCCGUUUGUUUUGGCUGAUUGUGGUUAUUUAAAUGAAAACAGGCAGCAUCUGCAUUCUUUCAAAGCAAAGUUAGUGACAAGCAGUGGUGAUUGUGAAGGGAUGGGCUAAUUGAAAAUAAUAAAAAUGUCCCAGAAAUAAUUUCUUUUUAGUCCUUUCAUAGAAGCUACAUACAAAUACAAAAGUAGUGGCUGUGCAAGAGAGAGCGACAGUGAAGGGUCCCACUUUCUUGCUGUGUCAGAAAAUGUGACUAAAAUAUGUUGUGCUCAGUUCAUAUCAUUUGUUUGACCUCUUUGCCCUGAGAACUGUUAUGAAUGACAGGGCUGUGUGAGAUAGUGCAGUGCAUGCUGGUCAUUUUUCUGCAGUUACAAACAUUGAGCAGGGUCACUUCAUGUUGUCUUCAAAUUUAUUAGAGACAGAAUACACACACAUGCACUGUCAUUGCUGGUGUCUGCUUUGAAUGUCUUGAAUAUUAUUUGUGAGUUUCAGUCUCCUUAUUCCAUCAAUUCAACAGUGGAAGGAGACUUGAAAUUUUGUUGAUUUAAAAAAAAAAUUGUUUUACACUGUGCGAUGUAUCAUCAUCAUCAUCUGGAAAAAAAGAGUCAUCACAUCUCUACUGACAAAGUAAUCCUGCAAAAAAUCAGUUUGCACAAUGUGCAUGUAUAACAUCCAGAAUUUUGUGCCUUAGAAUGGUAGACCUUUUUUAAUUAUUGCUUCUCUGCAUGCAGUAUAUAAAUGUGCACAAAUAUGGUGUUUGUGAUUGAUGUUGGCUCUUAUAUAAUGCCUUGAUGCCAGGUCAGUCAGUGCAGUGCAGCUCUCGUGAUGUGGGAGAUAUUCUGGAGGAACUGCAUUGGUUACAGUGGAAGGUGCUCAGGAGUAGAAAAAUAAGUAGGUGGCUAAUAAGUGCCAAUUCUAACAGAAACUGUGCUUACUUCAACAGAUGAAGGAAAAUGAUGAAAUGGAUGUUUGUGGAAAGCUGCGACUAAUGCAGCAUGUCAUUUUUACUUUUUAACUCAAAUUUGAAAAUAACUUGUGGCUACCACUGCUGAGACUUUGGCAGGGCAUGUUGACAGGCCAUGCUUUAUGGGACUCUUGUAUAAUGUAGAAAAAUGUGAUCUAAUUUUAUAAAGCUCCUCAGGUGAUGGUAGAAAGAAUCCAGUUACAAAUAUCUGCCAUAAAUAAAUCAUGAAAACUUUCAAAGUGAUAUCAUUAAAAGCAAUUAAAAUGAGCUAACAACUUAGCCUUUGGUCUAAAGUGCGGCGCCUGUGCUGGCUUACAUUAUGUGCCAGACAUGAAUGGCAUACAGCCAAUAACAAUUGCUGAGGUGGAAUGGCAGCGAGAUUCAGCUCAUGUUAAUUUUACUCUUGCUUGAAAAAUAGGACACAAAAAUUGGUCAUUCACUCAACUUAUACUGGUUUAUUGAACUGUCGCAAACAACAUUUAAAGAGACUACCAAAGUUGUGUAAGUUUUUUUCCUGAUGACAACAUGUUAUGGAGACUUGAGCUGCUCAGUUUCCAAAAUACUGACUUGUUUAGCAGUCCCAACGAUGUUUUGGUCUUAUAGUUGCCUGCUGACAGUGGGGCUUGAUGGCUGUAGCGAACAUUGAAGUAAAUGUAUAUUAGGGCAUGAACUUGCCGAUUAGUGACCGAGACCUACUGCAGCAUGAUGGGGCUGUUCUGCUGGAUUGAAAUGUAGCUCGUAGCACCAAACCACACAUAGCCUGAUCCAUGUUUUUCAUCUCGCUUAAGCAAAACAUCCAAAUGUUGGAGACCUCCCCUCAGCCAAAAUAAAAAAAGGUGUGCACAUAGAAUAUGGUAGUCGGGUUGGUUUUUAGUUUAAAGAUUUGACUGUUUGCUGCUGUCACAGCUGUUAGAUGAAACAGGAUUUUACACUUUGGAACUUAGGUCUAGUACUGACCUCAUUCAACGCGCUGCUGUAUAAUGCCAAAGCAAGAGCAGUUUUCAUAGCUUUUCAUUUUUAAAACAUAAACAUGCAUCGCACUGGUUUUAAGGGUCUGUAAUUUUAUCAGCAACCAUGGUGCUUGUAAGCUGCUUUGAAAAGAAGUUAGGGGAAACUGAAUGUCUUAAAGGUUUUCCUUUUUUUUUUUUAUUUACUAUAUUGUAAGUAUGGUUUAUGUGUGAGAGAGCAAAUUUGGAGGUGGAAAAGCAUAAUCUUGAGAGCCAUUGGUGAAUACAAGAAAAAUGACUGCAAAUUAGAGUGUCUGUUGUUCUUGGAGCAGACUCAACAUAUGUGAUUUGGUAGGUAGGUCGGAAUAUUAGUGUUGCUGGACACUUUUAUUGAGGUAGACAUGUUAAGGAUGAGCACUUGGAUGUAGUAGAUUUUAGUCACUUGUAUUCAUUUUUGGAUUUCUUAAAGACCACAGAAAAGUGCACGACUUUGAACCUUACAAAAUAUCAGGUAACUGAUAAUUGUCCUUGGUCUUUGCAUUUUUGGGUCCUGCAUAAAAUAAUUUAAAUAUUUUCUUCAUUCAGAAAGGUCUUUCUUCCAUUGUUGCAUUAAGAACCAGUUAUCAGGGUUUAGUGUGUGUAAAGUGAAAAAGCAAAAAAGUGAUUUUCUGGUAUUUAUUUACCUAAUUUGUUUACUGAAAUCAUCUAAUGUGUUAGAUUACAAAGGUAUGUGGAUAUUGUUCAAAGUAAACGUGAAUGCAUAAUAUGUUUGAUGAUGUUAGUCAUGAAUUUUAUUCAGAUGCUUUGAGACAUGGAUUAGAUACGUUUCUGACCCCAGUAUUGUCAAUUGUGAAUUGGGUGGCUUAAUGGUGUCAGUCCUCUUGGUUUUGAGGACUUCAGGACUCAUGUUCUCAGAUGUGAAGUGGAUUGAUUUUGCUGAUGAUACACUUAAAAGUAAAUCAGAUUUGUUAUAUAACAUCCAAAACAGGUGUAAGGCAGCAUUGAGUCUUUUAGCUAAUAACAAGAUUCUUCUCACAAUGAACUAAAGUUUAGUCCCUCAAUUUAAAUAGCAUUCACAUUGUUGUGACUGUAGCAGUGGCUUUUUAGGAAAAAAAACAAGCAGUAGUCAUCGUUAAACCCACUGAAUCCUAAUAUCUAAUGGCCAGAUUUGGUACAGUGGACAGCUGGAGCAGCAUUUUAGCAGCCCCUUACAAACAGCAAAUUGCUGAUCAAUCUCAUCAUGCAUUUUGUUCCCUGUAGGAUACUUAUUUCCGUUUUCUGCCAGGCAGGCACACACACACACACGUGCAUAUGCACACAUAUGUUAAGGUCAUUAAAAAUUUUCAUGAUUUGUCAUUUAUAAACUUUUUUUUAUUGCAUAUGCAAAAAAGUUGGCAGCUAUUUAUUUAUUGGACUUCCAUAUGCCAAAGCUUCUAAAUUAGAAGUCUUAAAGAUCCUCUACACGAAUGGUUUAGUAAUCCUCCUGAAAACCUUUUUACCAAAACACAGCAGUGUUAAAUUGAACAUUCUGUUUUACUUUUUUUUAUCUUACCAGUCUCUUUCUUUCAUUCUCUUCUCUAAGCAGUCAAGAUUUGUUUUAACGACUAUAUUACAGAAUUAAAUUUUAUUUGACAAAAGUACUUUUUGGUGCAUGCCUGCACGUGCACACACACAGACACAUUCGUUUUGUCUGUACAAGUAACCUAUAAAUGAACAUUGUUUGUACUAUCAUUGGUUACUGACCAAGGUUUUCAUGGACUUCACUGUUGAAAAGCACAUAAAUAAUGGCCAACAUUUAUGUUACAUUUAGACUUGCACAUGAUCAUAGAUCUUUGCCUUUUUGUCACCAUCCAAAGUCUUAUUUCAAGUCUGCCUCUAAAAGCAUUUGUGUCUCAGGGAGCUGAAUGUCCAGAGUGGCCGACAAACUGACAGAUGUAUUGUGGAAACAAAUUGUAACUGAAUUGUGCAGAUUCUGCGCUAGCUUGUCUGUCACACGUUUCCACCAAUUUGAUUAGAUGAUUUGAAAUGUGUGCAGGCCAGUGUUUUCAGUAAUUUCACUUAUUGGAAGGAUGUUCAAAGUUCAUCAGGUUAGGUGGGGAGGUCUUUCUACACAAGCUGUGGCAUUUGUUACUUCUUUGAACAUUUUCAUGUUCGGAGGUUUAUGGCAUGGUUUUUUCUUUUGGCGUGUGAGCUGAGAUGCACUGUUUGGUUUAACACAGUACAGUAUCUCUGCUAGAAGUCUUAACAAAACUGAUACAGUGAUAAUAUGUUUUGCAGGGAAUAGAAGAAACUAUGUUGUCAAGAAAGGUUUGGUUGGAUUUAAGUUACAAUUUAGUAUUCAUUUGUUAAUUACCUUAUAUCAUUCUGUGGGCAUUUAAGUAAUGGAAAGUUUACAGCAAUCUGCUAUGUCUUUUGUGUUCAUUUGAAUUCAGGCAGCCUUAUGAAAAGGUAUUGUGAUGUGCUCAAUGUUUGACUUGUAAUGUUGAUGGGAGAGAAUACAUUUCUUUCUGGGAAGGAAGGGGGGGCUGCUUGGUAUGCCUGUUUGUGAAAUGCUUUGUGCCCGAGUUGCAGCUGUCAAAAGCUGCACCACUUUAGAGAGGAAGAUUUAUCCUUUCUCCCAAAGAUAAUCUUGAACUGAAAGUUGCUUUGGCAUCGUGUGCAACAUACGAAAACAGGGGCUUUUUAUUUGCUUGAAGCUUUGUGUUGGAAACAAGCAAGCAGCGUUUAGUGUCAGAAAUGCAAGCCUUUUCUACUGCCUCUUGCAAAUAGGCAAACACUUAUAGUUCAGUUUCUGCAUGAAAACUCACCACAGUAUCAUACGUGUGCACGGACAGCCUAAGUAGUGCACAGACUUUUGACAGAUUUAGCCCAUGUACAUUUUGAUUAGGCCAGGUUUAAAUCAUGAUGUUAGGGUUGAUCUCAGAAAGCUUGGGACUUAUGUAGUGGGAAUCUGAAGCUGUUCUUUCUCAGACAUAAAGUGGCUUUUGGUUUUUAUACAUCAGACCUGGUAUAACCCCAUAGCUUCUGAUUCCCAAUUUGUCUUUAUUCAUUUGUCUGGAACCAUAAUACUCAGGCAGGAUUAUUGUGUUGGAGUUUGUAUGGCUUUAUUAGUGAAACUAUCACCAGAUGGAAGUAGAACUAGUUGAGGCCUGGCUAAAGCUUGUCUUCCUGACACACAGACAGGCAUGAUGUUGCUCGCUUGGAUCAUGCACUCAGCACACUAUGUAAAAUUCCAUUAUGUAUACAUGCCUUUUGCAAUUUUCUUGCAAAUUCUGUGAAAAAUUUUCACAGCCUGCUCAGUGAUGACAUUAACACUGUGUUGAAAAAAAAUAAAAAUAAGAAAUAUUAA